AGAGAAGCCGUAAACCACAUUUCUGAAAAAUAGUAAUUGGAGAACAUACAGUGUUCUACAGUAAGAUGUCUGGAAAAGAUUGAUAAAAUUAUGAAAAUAUCCAGCAUAUGUUAUAGUGAGCAUCACGGCAUUGACAGUAAUGCUUUAUUGCCCAUAUUUCCCAUAACUGGAAAAGGGGAGCUGCUUUCCUUUAGUAGCACUGGACAGAAACGCCUUGGGGUGUGGGGUGCUGUCUGAUUACAGAGAGAGCAGCUCUUGAAUGGGGAAGGAAACACCUCCACUGUGACUUUUUGCACAUUGCAUUUGCACAAAUUACUCUCUGAAACAGUCUCAAAGAAUGUCAUUUUUAUAAAGCACUGUGUUCAUUUGAAAAGAUAGAGGUAGACUGAAAUUCUGAAUUUUAGGGAAUUUUCCUACAAUAUGCAUACUUGUGAAGUUUGCAUUGUUAAAUUUCAUUUGAUUUGACAAAUCCGUAUUAAGAGUAUAUGGUGUCCAGGUACAGAGGCUGCCCCAGAAACAAGACAGAAGUAGGCAGAGAACCUUGGCUCUCAUGGAACACGGUUUUGGUUAGAAGCAACAGAUAAGGGUAAUAAAUUUAUAGCAUGCUAGUAAGUUCUAUAGUACGGUGUGUUGGGUAGGAGUUGCAGAGAGAAAGGUAUGCGGUGAAGGCCGGGUGGUGAUGGUCUAGGCCACACUGAAGAGGCAACAUUUGAGCAAAGACUGAAAGAGAGUGGGAAGAGUUGGGGACCAGAGCCGCCAGAAGAAAGUGUUUCCGGGGUGGGAAAAGUCAGGGACUCUGAACAAAGCCAGGGCAGCUGGAGUGGAGUGAGAGGGAUGUCGGGAGGGUCUGGGAGGACGGCGGGGUGGCCCAAGGCAGUGCUUUACUGAGUGAAAUGGGCGGAGCAGCGUGUGAAUGUGAUCAGACUUCUUUUACAGAGAUCAUCUGCAAUGCUGGAAGGGAAAAGACAAAUGAAGAGGUUAUUGCAACGAACAGCCAGGCAAGAGAUGCAAACGUUUUUUGCAAAGGUGUGUGUGUAUAUACAUCCUUGCACUGGACAGCCACGAAGCACUCACUGUGAAGUAAGGAUGUGGUUUCAAAUCGCUCACCUAUUCACAGCGGGUCAAUCGGGAAAGCACUCCCACUCAGUACAGCCAUUACGGGAAAAGGGCUAGCUCCUUACAGGAUCCUCAACUGUGGAGAGGCCGGGAGCCCACGCGGGGCGCUGGGGAGUCUCUCAGCACCCCAGGGGCUCGGGCAGGGACCCGAGCCGCGCCCUCCCUCCCGGGGGUGCCCUGGUGUCGAGGCUGCCCAGCGGAGCUGGCGGCUCUCUCCCUCGAAGUAGAAGGUGCUGGACCCGAACUCCAGUGGAGCCGCACAACACGUGGAGAAAAAGCGCCAGGACAGCCAACCUUCCCACCUUUUCAAACCUGAAACCCGGCCGGCCGGGGGCGGCUGGAACGUUCAGUGCGGACCCGUGCCUCAGGCGCCUUGUUCUCAGCCCCCGACCGCCCCGCGACCUCCCAUCUCGUCUCCGCCCUCCCUCCCCAACCUCCAUCCUCCCCCCUACAAACCCCAUCCUCCCGCCCUUCGGCAGCGCGCGGCUGGCACGGAACAGGCAGCGCACACACUAGAACAGGCGCCACCGUUCAGGAAGUCUCUACAAGACCAGGACCCUGAGGCCUCUGUAAGUGCCGGGACCGGAACCAACCACGCAGAGCGACUAAGGACGGGGCAAGAGCCGAGAGAACCCGCUACCGCCCGUUGAACUCCCACCGCCCCGACAGCGCGCUUCCGCGAUUGCGCACGCGCGCUGCGCACCACGCCCCGGAAGAGUUCCUAGGCUCGUGACGGUGACCCGGAAGCAGCCCCCGGUGUCGGGGCAGGAGGGACGCGCGCGGCUGAGGCGAGGUCGCUCAGCGAAGCUGUUGCGGGGCCAUGGCGGGGACGGCGCUGAAGAGGCUGAUGGCCGAGUACAAACACCUGCGCCCCCUGGACAUCCUGGCGGAGGUGGUCCCUUCUGAUGGCGCCACAAGCGGGAUCAGGAUAGUUCAGGUUCACGGUGCACGGGGACUGCAGCUCUCGGCAGCCGCCCCCCACGUCAUGAGCUUCCCCGCAUCCAGGAUUUUCUCCCAGUGUGACCUCUUCCCUGAAGAAUUUUCCAUCGUUGUAACCUUGAGAGUUCCCCAUCUUCCACCCAAGAGGAACGAGUACCUGCUGACGGUGGUGGCGGAGGAGAGCGACCUGCUGCUGCUGGGCCUGCGGUUCUCGCCUGCCCAGCUGCACUUCCUGUUCCUUCGCGAGGACACGGCCGGCGCCUGGCAGACCCGAGUGUCCUUCCGCAGCCCGGCCCUGGUGGACAGUCGCUGGCACACGCUGGUCCUGGCUGUGUCUGCAGGCAUCUUCUCCCUCACCACGGACUGCGGCCUCCCAGUGGACAUAAUGGCCGAUGUGCCCUUCCCGGCCACCCUGUCGGUGAGAGGAGCCCGAUUCUUCGUCGGCAGCCGGAGGAGAGCCAAAGGCCUGUUCACGGGCCUGGUGAGGCAGCUGGUCCUGCUGCCCGGCUCAGACGCCACCCCAAGGCUGUGUCCCAGCAGGAAUGCCCCGCUGGCAGUGCUGUCCAUCCCACGGGUCCUGCAGGCUCUCACGGGGAAGCCAGAAGAUAACGAGGUGCUAAAAUAUCCCUACGAAACCAACAUUCGAGUGACGCUGGGACCCCGGCCACCGUGUACCGAGAUGGAAGACGCCCAGUUCUGGUUUGAUGCUAGCCGGAAGGGGCUGUACCUGUGUGUUGGCAACGAGUGGGUCUCCGUGUUAGCAGCCAAAGAAAGACUGGACUACGUGGAGGAGCAUCAGAACUUGUUCACCAACUCAGAGACCCUGGGCAUCGAGGUGUUCCGCAUCCCCCAGGUGGGGCUUUUCGUGGCCACAGCCAACCGCAAAGCCACAUCCGCAGUCUACAAGUGGACGGAAGGGAAGUUCGUCUCCUAUCAGAACAUCCCCACGCACCAAGCACAGGCCUGGAGGCAUUUCACCAUCGGGAAAAAGAUCUUCCUGGCAGUGGCUAAUUUUGAACCAGAUGAAAAGGGUCAGGAGUUCUCUGUCAUUUACAAAUGGAGCCACAGAAAGCUGAAGUUUACCCCAUAUCAGAGCAUUGCCACACACAGCGCCCGAGACUGGGAGGCCUUCGAGGUGGAUGGGGAGCACUUCCUGGCGGUGGCCAACCACCGGGAAGGCGACAACCACAACAUCGACAGCGUCAUCUACAAGUGGAACCCGGCAACCCGGCUCUUCGAGGCCAACCAGACCAUUGCCACCUCUGGCGCCUACGACUGGGAGUUCUUCAGUGUGGGGCCCUACUCGUUCCUGGUGGUGGCCAACACCUUCAACGGCACCUCCACAAAGGUGCACUCGCACCUCUACAUCCGGCUCCUGGGCUCCUUCCAGCUCUUCCAGUCCUUCCCGACAUUCGGUGCUGCGGACUGGGAGGUCUUCCACAUUGGGGAGAGGAUCUUCCUCGCUGUGGCGAACAGUCACAGCUACGAUGUGGAGAUGCAAGUCCAGAAUGAUUCCUACGUCAUCAACUCAGUCAUCUACGAGCUGAACGUGACCGCGCAGGCCUUUGUCAAGUUCCAGGACAUCCUCACCUGCAGCGCUCUGGACUGGGAGUUUUUCUCGGUGGGAGAAGAUUACUUCCUGGUCGUCGCUAACUCCUUUGAUGGGCGCAGCUUCUCGGUGAACAGUAUUAUUUACAGGUGGCAGGGCUACGAGGGCUUCGUGGCGGUGCACAGCCUCCCCACCGUCGGCUGCAGGGACUGGGAGGCCUUCAGCACCACGGCCGGCGCCUACCUCAUCUACUCCAGCGCCAAGGAGCCCCUCUCCAGGGUCCUGCGGCUGAGGACGCGCUGAGGCCGCGGCUGUCCAGGAGCAACUGGGGUGGCCAGGCGGGGCGGGACCCCAGCACCUCCCCCCAAGUGGCCGUGGACAUCCAGGUGGGCCGAGCCUAGGGCAGCCCAGGCCUGGGCAUCAGGCAGGGUGCAGGUGGGGCCAUCUGCAGCCCUAGUUCGGGCAGGGACGUCCAUCCACCUCUGGGUCCUUCUGAGCCACAGCCCCAGUGACAGUCCGGGUCUUACAGGUGGAGGCCCAGAGCCCCUGCCAGCACUCGCCCAUCUGAAUGUCAAGCAGGGAUUUCACUGUCAAGGAACCGUUUCUAUAAAUUUUUACCUCAAACAACAGGACCUCGGCUUGUGUCCCCACUCCUGCAGAGUGCGCCCGGCCGCCUGAGCCAGUGUGGUGCCAUCCCACCAUUGCCGCCACCUAUUUAUUGUGUUUUAUCUGAAGGGAACUGUAUUUAUAUUGCUGUUCACAAAAGCACAGGUGCUACUCUCUCGGCAGUGGGUGGGCACAGCCCCUCACCACGGACACCUCCCUGUACAGGGAGAGGCGUCCCUCCCAGCCUCAGUUUACCCAUAAAUGCACUGGGGCGAGGUCAGAAAUCACAAGCCUGGGCAUGGCCUGUGUCACACCCUCCCCACGGCCCCACCGACAGGGACCUCAGCUCCUGGGCCCGGGAUGUUUUCCCCAUUCAGCAGCAUUUUAACCACAUGUCCUCCAGCUGACUGGGACUCAGGCUGCGUGCCUCCGUCUCUCUGUGUGCUGGCUGUCCUAGCGCCCUGGUAACAGCAUCCUCUGCCGGCUCUCCUGUGGUCAUCUCGUCUCUGCAGCCAGGAGAGCUGCUUGUCCAUCUGUCACAGGCAGCGAGGAUGAGGGGUUGAUGGGUGCAAGGCCCUGGGGCUCCUCCCUCUUAACCUAUGUGGAGGCCAGAGAAACCCCUCCCCCAUGAGAAGAGGCUCAGAUUGCAGCCCCCGGGGCCAUGCAGCCCAGACCAGACCUGCCAGGGUCUUGCAGGAACUGUACUCCUGCUUCUGCGACACAAAUCGGAACAGCAGCGGUCCUGAGAGGGUUUACAAUUUGCUUUUUCCGCCAAUCAGAACUGUGGACAAAACUUCCUGUUUUCUACACCGCAGCUGUCUGUUCACCUUCAGCUCAGAGAGCACUCCUGACCUUUCAUAAUGAAAUGGAAGCCUCCCCUUGUCUGGCAAAUAAUAAACUCAGUGUCUACUUUACCCGGCUUUGGGACCUUCGUGUUUUCCCGGGGCUCGCUGUUUUCCAGCCCGCUGUGGCCAGUGGAGAGCCACUCCCCUCUGGGGCAGUCUCCGAGAGCCUCCUUCCCCUCCGUCCGGCCAGCAAGGCUUUCCCAAGUGUCCUGGGCAGGGGUUCGGACUCUGCUUUCCACCAAGUCAUUCAGGGGCUCCUGAUCACACACGAUUGGCCUCACUGGGUCAGCACUUGUGAAAGGAAGAUAAAAACUCGAGACCACAAUUCACUCAACCAAGAAGAAAAAGUUAAGCUGCAAGCUGAGUCCUGCAAGAAGCUGCCUUUCCCUUUGCCCCUAAGCAGACAGCGACAGACGAGAGGGUCAGCAUCUCCACCAGUGACUGCUCUGUGUGCACCUUACCUCAUGGAAAGUAACGAUUUACUGAGCACGAGAUAAACAGGUAACUGUUCCCACCUGCUCCUUUUCUCCUGCAGCGUGGGGCAAUCAGUCAUGUGACCAUACCCUCCUCCCUCUGUCCCCUCCAGCCAGCUUUUGCCCUUGACUGAAGGCCUCAACAUCAUCUUGGGAGAGAGGCACAGACCUGUCUCCUGGGUGCGUCCUUAGCCUUGACAAAUAAACUUCUCCAUUGAUUGA